UUUUCUUUUUACUUGUUUAAUGUGGUUAUUUAAAAAGUUUUAAAUUACAGGUUUAGUUCACCUUGUGUUUUUGUUGGCCAGCACUGGUCUAAGCUAUAUCAUGACAUUUAGAGUUUCUUAUAACCUGGACUCAGUUACCUCUUUGGCCUUAUCUCCCAGACCUUCCUGUCCCUCGCAGAAUUUCUCAUAACCCUCAGACUCACCAACCCUGUUUAUUCUUACGGGUUUUAAUUUUUUUCACACUCAGUUUCUUCUUUCUGAAGUGUCCCUCCUUUUUUAGGUGUCAAAAAUCCUGCUCACACUUUUAGGACCUGACUUAAUUGUCCCUUGCUGGUGACAUUAUGCCCUACUUCCUCAAGCAGAAUUAGCCACUCCUUCCCAUGUAGUGUCUCUCAGCACCUCCAUUAUUGCACUUGUCUUGCUGUUCUGCCAUUAGGUGUCUUCUUAAGUAGACUCUUCAAGGGAGAGGCUGCAACUUAUUUCUCUGAUGACCGCAGGGCAGUACCUUGUGUAUAGUAAGCACUUAAUGGAUGUUUAUUACAUUAAUUUAUGAACUAAUUUUCAUCCUGCUACACACACUGCUAUUUUUAUAUACAUCAGACCUUGAUCAUCUUAACCAUUGGCCAUGGAAAAAAUUAGAUGCUGAGGUGUAUAGGACUGGACCUUUCAGCCUUAACCUCAAUUCCAGGUUUUGUGUUCAAUAAAAUGGCUUUAUUUUUCUUACUGGCUGGGUUAUGAUUUAAAAAUUAUAACUUUGAACUUAUAACAUCCAUGAAUAUUGUACAGACUAAAAGGAUAAAAGGGCAGUAUAAAUUACUGCUUUUUACCUAUCUCGCUUAUAGGGAUUUCAUAUAAGAUUUUGUUUGAAGAUUUCACUUCAAAACAAGUUUGGAAAGCCACUGUUCUAUUCCUAAAUUUCAUUUACAUUUCUAUACCAAGGGUUUCAUUUUGGUUUUGAUGAGAUGGUUUCUACUGUCAUGUUAGUUCACAUAAAGCAAGACUUCUCAACUUUAGUUGCACAAAAUUGGAAAACUUUUCAAAAAUACUGAUGUCCAGGCCUCCCCACUCAGGGAUCCUUGUAUAAUUGAGCUGGAGGAAAAGGGCCCAGGCACCAGUAUUUAUGAAAAGCACAAAUAUCUGUAAUAAAAUGAUUCUACAGUGCUUAGAAAACCAGGUAGUUAACUAUGAAAAUACUGAAGUUUUAAAUUGCUAAUUUUUCUUUCUUUUUAUUAACUAUAUUGUCAUUGUUUUUCUGGGAGUAAAGCUAAUGCACUUUAAAGUUUGUAUUAUGGUUUUGAGACCUCAAACAGCAUUUAAUAGAUGCCAUCGUCUGUGAACAAUUUUCCUAAGGCUUCUGAAAUUAAAAAUUCCCUUUUCUGUCACUCUUUAAAAACCUACAUGCAGCAGAAUUUUGAUGUCCCUUAUUGAUAGAAAUAGCGAACACAACACCUAUUUCAGAUCAUGGAAAUGAGGACUGACAAGGGCAGUGGGUUUAAGAAGUUUACACAGGUAGUGGCCUUCCUGGCACCCUUGUUAGCCUGAAUAAACAGUCCUCCCCUGACAGAUCCUCUGUAGCUCUGCCACAUUGAUAAAAUCUGACGUUCUGGUUAAUCACUUUUUAAUGAUAUUCUUUCUUUUGUUCUUGGUAUGUUACCAGCCCUUAUUUUUUCAGUGUAUGGGAAAUAAUUAACUUUAAUUUCCUAAUUCAGUAAAAUGGGCUGAUAAUGCAGACCUUAUUCUGAGGGGGACAGGAAGAAAAAUGACCUAAUUUCUAUAUAUCAAAUACAUCUUCCUUCAUACAUUUAAAAAUGUAUAGAGUUAUAAAGUACCUUAAAUGCUGUAGAGGAGAAACUCUGGGGUAAAUACUUUGAAAACAUUGUGAAAAAAUUCUAUAAAUUCUGAUACCAGGUUCCAUUUCAUUGCUGUGUACUAUUAAAAAGUGCAGAUGUAAAUAAGCAUAAGUUUUGCAGGUUGUCAAUUUGUUACACACGGCUGCAUGUUCUUACUCUUCUAAAGUGUCGUCUCUUUCAAUGUGGACUGUUUCGGGGGGAAAAAAAACUCAGAAAAAUACACACUUGGGAUCAAAUCCUUAGGUCAGAAAAAAGAAUAGAAACCUGUAGUUAAGUUGGUUAUUUGCAGUGGUGGUGUGUCAUCCUGUGUGAGACUGACGUCAGGCAGAUUGAAUGCAGAGGCAAACUUCGGGAGCGUGUGUGUGUGUGUGUGUGUGUGUGUGUGUGUGUGUGUGUGUGUGUUUUAAAGCCCCAUUCCCAGAAUAUGAAGUGAGUAUGAAGGGCACCACAGCAACCCUGGAUCUCUCAAGAAUGUACCUAUUUUUAACAUGCUGGAUCAAGUGUCAGCACUCAGCAGGAGAUGAGGAAGGGGUAGAGCCUGACUUGUACAGAUUCCGCGGAUGGUAAAUGGCCCUCUGGCGUGUUUACAAUACAGCUGUGCAUUCUUAAUGGCUCUGCCGCUGCCAUGUCAGUGCAGCUGUCUGCUUCGCAAAGUGAGGGCUCCAGGAAUGAGGAGAAUCUUCAAGAGCUGCCUCGCAUUGUGACAUGUCUGAUCCCUUGCUCCCAUCCCUGCAGCAUGAACAAGGUGGACACUCACUGACCUGUCAAAAGGUUGCCCCACAAAACUUUGGGGUCCAUGUCUGAAUGGAUUGCCGGAGCCUUCUCAUCUCUCCCUUCGCCCAGUUCCCUGCAUCCUAAGACUCGAAGCCAGCACAGGACCUGGAAAAAUUACAUAUCUCCACGUUUGCACAUCCAGUGUUCCUGCGAGAUGACCUUUGCUGUCAGUUUCCUGUCUACAGGUCAGGAAGGAAAGAAGUUGUUGUGACUCCUUAGGUGAAUCAUGGCUUCAGGCUCCUGCAGGAUCUGGCAGGACCUGCCUGGAUCACUCCCCAUAGCCUUGGACAUAGCGUUUAGUCACCGAGUGAGUAUAAAACUGAAUCUUGUGGGGCAGAGGGCGACAGGGGGCAUGUGGGAAACUUCUGUACUUUCUGCUCAGUUUUACUGUGAACCUAAAACUGCUCUUUAAGAUAAAGCUUAUGAAUUUAAAAAAGUAAAUACUAAACAGUAUGGCAAUUCCUCAAAAAAAAUUAAACAGGAUUACCAAGUGAUCCAGCAAUUCCACUUCUGGGUAUAUUCCAAAAGAAGUGAAAGUAGGGAUUUGAGCAGAUAGAUGUGUGUACACCGUGUUCAUAGCAGCAUUAUUCACAGUAGCCAGAGGUGGAUGCAACCCAGGUGUCCAUCAACAGAAAAUCGAUAAACAAAAUGUGGUAUAUAUUAAUACAUACAAUGGAAUAUUAUUCAGCCUUUAAAAAGGUGAAAUUCUGACACACGCUAACCACGUGGAGGAACCUUGAAGAUGCCAAGUGAAAUAAUCCAGACACAAAAAAGCAAAUAUUAAAUAUCCCGUUUAUAUGAGGUACCUAGAACUGUCAGAUUUACAGAGUCAGAAAGUAGAAUGGUGGUUGCCAGGGGAUGGGAGGAUGGAAAAAUUGAAAGUUGUUGUUCAAUGGAUAUUAAGUAUCAGUUUGGGAAGAUUGGAGAGUUCUGGAGAUGAAUGAUAAUGAUAGUUGCACAGCAAUGUGAAUAUAUUUAAUGCCACUGAAAUGCACACUUAAAAAUGGGUAAAAUGGUAAAUUUUAUGUUGUAUAUAUUUUACCAUAAUUUUUAAAGCUUUCCUUCUAAGAAUGCCGUGCAGAAUCACUAGCUAGUGCUUGAUAGGGAUGCUGCAGUUCGUGAGGGUGCAGGAAGAACCAAUCAUGAUGUCUCUCACACCUCCCUCAUCCCUGUUACCCUUUGGGCAGCCCUUAGAAGACAACAAAGGUAAGGGAUCCACUGAAUGGUAUAUACUUCAGUCCCAGGAAUUAGUUUCCUAUCAGAGUAAAGACACAGUUGUCAGAAGCCAUCAAGGGAAUUUGCCUUAAACAACUGUGGUCUCUACUAAAAUGCCAUUUACACAUCUAGAAGACCUGCUUCACUGGGGCGAAGGAAAGCGUAAGCCACACAUGCUUCAGCAGUGGGGCUGCUCCGUUUCCUCCAGAUGGGUGUUUAUAAACCAGUCCAUGCACAGAGCACUGGCAUGGAGAGAGUCCCGGAGCUGUGUACCUGACUGUGGCUCCUGAAGGGUCUUAAUCAGCGGAGGUGGACAUGUCGGCAGGAACCAGGGAAUGCAGACUUGCUGUAGAUUCCAGCACAGUAGAAAAUGAAAGCUUUGAGAGGAAAUCCACAACGGAUAGUUCUCCCGCUGUAGGGCCUAUGAUGAUUAUGAUGCCUGUUUUACAUUCUCCAAGUGAAGCAGGAUUUAUCCCCCAUCACCAAAUCUCUGUACUUACAGGUAUUACGGUACUGGUAAGUCACAGACCGGUUAGUGAGUGGCCUGUAGUACUGUGAGGAACACACAGGAUGGAAUUCACUAGGUUAGUCCAUUGUGCCCUACUUUUUUUGGCUUUUGCCUUUUAUUCUACAUUUCUAGAAAUUUGGCCUUGAAAAACAAUCAACAGUUUUAUGGGGCCUAGUAGCCAUACUUUAUUCAGGUUGUCUUCAUUCCCUUCACCCUCUACCCCUAGGGCUGGCCAGGGAUUAGAAUUCCUGAAGAGUCGUAUAUAAGGAUCCAUGGUUUCAAAAAGUUCAGACACUGCUAUCCUAAAUUAUCCUACUUUCUCCUUAAGAUACCAGUAUAUAUAUAUAGUCUAUUACAGAGGCCCUAUAGCAGAACCAUUAUACAUAAUUUGGCUUAAGGAAAAGGUGUAACUGAAAAGAGGUAAAAUGAAUUUGUUAAAGUACAAUAUGUAUAAAUCAGUCCACUCAUUCUCAUGCCAGACUUUCCAAACCUGCUUAGAAAGAAACUCUUCAUGCUUUUCACUUAGGUAUUGGAAAACAGGGCAAAGGAAAAGAGGUUUCUGAGUCAGUUGCCAUGGGGAGCUGCCGAGAUACAAAAAAAAAAAAACCUGGAAUUAAAGGUUUUUGUAGAGGAAAAAAUUCAGGUCAGCAAGUCUAAGGGAGAGGAAAGUAAGGACUUAUUCAUCUUUGACAUCCACCCUAAGCUUGAGUUGAAAGGGCAUGGAUAUGGAAUCUAAUCAAAAUAAACUCCCCCUUGACACAAUGAGUUCACAGACCAUAAUUUUUGUACAGACACACUGACACAGAUUUUCCCCAGAGAAGAACAUCAAACCAGCCAUCACCGAGAUAAAAUGACAUAAGGUAGAGAAGACCAACAAAGACAGACCCUGGUGGGAUCUCCUUGUCUCCUUGUCUCAUCACUCACAGGAAUCAGAUGUGCCUGAUUCCAGACAUUGAAUUUAUGUUUACUGACGGCUUUGCUACCUGGAACCCAACUAGCCAGAACCCUGAAUUAGCUAACCUUCAUACUUCCCCACCCCCUCCCCUUCCCUCCCACACACCCCACCCUACCGCACAUACCACACUUCCCUUUUUCAGUGAUGAAGAAAACAAGAUAGCUUUGGUUUUGAGUAAAGGUGGGGUGUAAACCCUGGAGGAUACUUGUAGCUGAUGACACUGACCUGCUGAAUCAUUGAGAAUGGUUAGAUGUUUUAUAAAGAGGAAAAACUGCUUUGGAAAACCUUCAACAAAAAGCAUUUUCUAGUUGUCAAUUAACCAGAAAAUCAAAAUAAUAAUAAAUAUUCUUGUCCUCAAAUAGUCUAAUUAACUGAGGUUUUAGUGUACCUAUUUCCAUGCUUUAAUAAUAAUCUAAAAAUGUUGACUGGCGAUAGAACAAUAUACCAUUCAUUUUCUUCUCAAGAAACUGCAAGUUUUGACUUUUACCACCUUUCCAGUGCCAGAGGUUAAAUGUUAAAUGUUCUGUUUAUGUUAAGCACUCUAAAAGUUGUGAUAUUACUGGUUUUAAAACUAAUAUAUGAAAUCAUUUUAUGAACCUGUAUAUUUAGCUCCUAUAAUCAUUGGAAACCAAUGGCGUACUUUUGAAGCCAAUUCUGUUUCUUUUUUUUUAAAAAAAAAAAAAAACCUAUUAUAUGAUUAUUUGUAACAUUCCGUUUCACAUUCAGAUUAUGUUCUGCUCAAGAGAUCAUCAAAAUUAAUUUUCAUUCUCUGCUAAUGGUACAGAGAGGAGUGAUGUUACUGGCAUGGUUAUAUACUUUAAUAUGUAAGUCAAAAAUUUCAAAUGAUAAUUCCCUGUGAGUCAUGAGUCUCCAAAUAAUCUAUGUUUUAUUAUAAAGCCGCCUACCCAGUGACAUCAGUUGUAGCACAAAUGGUUUAUCAAUUUAUUCUAAUAGUUUCCAAUCUGUUGAUUUUUAAGAAAUGGUUUGUGUGCUCUUUUUUGGAUGCACCUGUCACUAGUGAAAUGAUGCCUCUCUUUGAGCCCGAAUUUAACCCAGGGCAUUGCAGCACGUUUUUCCAAGGAUGUCCCAUUAGAUAGAUCUUCCAAGAGUGUGGUGCCUGCAGACUUGUGGCAGCUGGAAGUUGCAUAAACUGUGCGACAUGAGGAGGAAAAGCACUUCUGCUCUUCUGCCCCAGAACAGUAUUUACAAAGCUUUGCAGGAUAGCAAGAUUUUUAGAGUCCUUGCGGUACUUAACUAGAAGCUAUAAGCUGUUAUUUCUAGCACAUUUUUCCUGUAUUCCAUGCCUUAUUUGUUAUGAGUUCAGUUCAGAUUACUAUGCUGGGUUCUUGAUUUCUUGACAGAAAGCGUCAGAAACUUAUUGAUGAAGUGUUCUUGAUUUCUAGACAGAACCAGAAUCAGAAAAUAAUUGUUUCCUUUUAUCUAAGCAGAAGUAGCUUUGUUUUCCUUAUUAUCAAAGUGAUACAUGUAUUCUACAUAAUUUAUAAAAUAGCAGAAAAUUGAAUAAAAGUAGAGAUAAAUUACCUAUAAUCUGGCUGCCCAAAUAUAACCUACCUGUUAACUCAUACUUUUAUGUAUUUUUCCAGACUUUUUUCAACUAGUUAACUAAUUUCAAAUUUACAAGCAGUGCUCUGGACUGAUCACAUCCUACAAGCUGGUGGCACUUAGGAAUGAUGACUUUAAGUGUCAUCUUAUAGGACAGUGAUCUCAUUGCUUUUUUUCUCCCUUCUAAUUAUAUUAAUCAGCUCUUACAAGAACAGAUACCUGUGUGGACUCACUAGUAUCUUUAUCGGGUGGAAAUUCCUAUCAACCAGUAUUUUCAUUUCUACCUCCUGUCAGUCAAAAUAAUACCGAGUGGCCCUGUAAGAUCCUAGUGGGCCUCUGGAAUCAUAAAGGAAGAUUCAGUUAUGUACAAGGUGGUUUCGGUGUUAGAUCAACUGAUUGUGUUGUGAUUAUUUAGAAAUUAGUAAUCACUAUACUAUAAGGCAAUUUGGGAGAAACGGGAAAGGUUGAGUUAGCCAGAUCCUCCCAUUCCCCAUUCACAAUCCAAACAAUAUGGACUCCAAUCAAAUUCUGAUUUUAUAAUUUUGAUAACAAAAUUUCAUUCAAAUAUAUGUCUUCUUGUGCUGUGAACAGAGUUUUCCUUUAACUUUGCAUCCUUUAUCCCCCUUCAAAGACGCAUCUCUUCAGGUUGCUGUGGUGUGAUUUUAUAGCUCCUUGAGUUGUGCUGGUAUCUCUUUGCUUCCCUUUGGAGAGUACUAGGCCUUCGGGUUAGGAUGAAUCCUAACGCUUGGCCAAGGUUAGGAAGGGCUUUGAGCACUGAAAGAAAACCGAGGUAAAUUUUAAGGAAUUGUUAAAAGAUUCAUCGAGAAAUGUGGUAGAAUUGUCAUCUACAAACCUCAUGUCAGUAGAAUAGGAAGUAUUUAGUAAGCAGCUGGUAGAAGGGAUUUUGUUUGUUUUAAAAAAGAGAAAAACUCUGUCUUUGACAUUGGUUAUAUCUAGAUCUUAUCAUCUCCUGUACAGGACUCUUAAGUUCCUUGAAAGCAGUGACUUUGAGAGCAUCCCUUCACGUCCUCUGUGUCCUUGUAUAUAAUAGGGACUCAGUGUGUAUUGAAUUAAUAUUUCUGUGGCUCUUCAGUGAUAGAUGAAUGAAUGUGCUCAAUUUAGGUAACUACAUUUGACCUUUUUCCUACAGCAGUUGAAGGGUGUUUGGGUAGCAUCCGCGAUUGUACUGAAUGCCCUGGUUGGGUACAGGUGUGAGGGAGUGGUAUACAGUACUUUGAUCCUCCAUUGGAGAAGGAGAUGCUAAUGUGGAUAAUGAGAAUUUGGUUCUUUAUCUUUACUUUCGAUUUGGCCGCCUUCCUUCACUGAGUCACAGGGCUCACUUGUUUAGUGAUGGGCAUGUCAUUUAAGCCUGAGACUGUCCCUCAGACUGUUUAUGACAUUGGAUCUGAAUUUCCCAUUACAUGAACAGCCAGCAUUUGUCAUAUAAAUUCAAGAACACACUAAAAGUUUGUUGGCUUUGUAGUUGACAUUGAGAUUAACUUUCUCUAACCUAAACCAGUGAAAACUAAAAUGCUCCUCACCACAUAAAAGUUUUGCUUUCGCUGCGUUCAGACCCCUCCUACCUUGUCACAGCACAGUCAUUUGGAGUCUGAUUUGGGGGCGGUGUGGUUGUCUCAGUGGCGUAUGACCCACUUUGUGUAAUACUUAAUUGCCUGUAUUUUUACAACACAAGUCAGAAGUUCUGACGAUAGUGGACUAUCACCCAAAAAAGAUUUUCUGAGACAUCUCAUCAGAGCUGCUCGAGUACCGCGCACGAAGACGGUGUUAGCUCUGCAGGGUGUGUGCUAACUACCAGACGAUGAAAGAACAUUUCCUCUAGUUUCUGGAUAAUGAGCAGGCACACAGGUAAAAGAAGAAAAACGCAAGUGGAAGAGACUUCCCAGAUCAGCAGGAACUGGAAUAUGUUCAAGUCUUGGCAGAGCCAGGGUGUGAACGGCAUGUCUGUGGAUGAGAAGCCUGACUCCCCCAUGUAUGUGUAUGAGUCCACAGUCCACUGCACCAACAUCCUCCUGGGCCUCAAUGACCAGCGGAAAAAGGAUAUUCUCUGUGACGUGACUUUGAUCGUGGAAAGGAAGGAGUUCCGGGCCCACCGGGCUGUGCUGGCUGCAUGCAGUGAAUACUUUUGGCAGGCGCUGGUCGGACAGACAAAAAAUGACUUGGUGGUCAGCUUACCUGAGGAGGUCACAGCCAGGGGCUUUGGGCCGCUGUUACAGUUUGCCUACACUGCCAAGCUGUUACUCAGCAGAGAAAACAUCCGCGAGGUCAUCCGCUGUGCUGAGUUCCUGCGCAUGCACAACCUGGAGGACUCCUGCUUCAGUUUCCUGCAGACCCAGCUCCUGAACAGUGAGGAUGGCCUGUUUGUGUGCCGGAAGGAUGCUGCAUGCCAGCGCCCGCACGAGGACUGUGAGAACUCUGCAGGAGAGGAGGAGGAUGAAGAGGAGGAGACGAUGGAUUCAGAGACGGCCAAGAUGGCUUGCCCCAGGGACCAGAUGCUUCCAGAGCCCAUCAGCUUUGAGGCCGCCGCCAUCCCCGUGGCAGAGAAGGAAGAGGCCCUGCUGCCCGAGCCCGACGUGCCCACGGACACCAAGGAAAGCUCAGAAAAGGACGCGUUAAUGCAGUACCCCAGAUACAAGAAAUACCAGCUUGCAUGUACCAAGAAUGUCUAUAAUGCAUCAUCACACAGUACCUCAGGUUUUGCAAGCACAUUCCGGGAAGAAAACUCUAGCAACAGCCUCAAGCCAGGGCUUGCCAUGGGGCAGAUUAAAAGUGAGCCACCCAGUGAAGAGAAUGAGGAAGAGAGCGUCACACUCUGCCUGUCUGGAGAUGAGCCUGACGCCAAGGACAGAGCAGGGGAUGUCGAGAUGGACCGGAAACAGCCCAGCCCUGCCCCUACCCCCACGGCCCCAGCUGGGGCCGCCUGCCUGGAGAGAUCCAGGAGCGUGGCCUCGCCCUCCUGCUUAAGGUCUCUGUUCAGCAUAACAAAAAGUGUGGAGCUGUCUGGCCUGCCCAGUACAUCUCAGCAGCACUUUGCCAGGAGUCCAGCGUGCCCUUUUGACAAGGGGAUCACUCAGGGUGACCUUAAAACUGACUACACCCCUUUCACAGGGAAUUAUGGACAGCCCCACGUGGGCCAGAAGGAGGUGUCCAACUUCACCAUGGGGUCGCCCCUCAGGGGGCCUGGGUUGGAGGCUCUCUGUAAACAGGAGGGAGAGCUGGACCGGAGGAGCGUGAUCUUCUCCUCCAGCGCUUGUGACCAAGUGAGCACCGCGGUGCAUUCUUAUUCUGGGGUGAGCAGUUUGGACAAAGACCUCUCUGAGCCGGUGCCAAAGGGUCUGUGGGUGGGAGCUGGCCAGUCCCUCCCCAGCUCACAGGCCUACUCCCACGGUGGGCUGAUGGCCGACCACUUGCCAGGAAGGAUGCGGCCCAACACCAGCUGCCCGGUGCCAAUCAAAGUCUGCCCUCGCUCACCCCCCUUGGAGACCAGGACCAGGACUUCCAGCUCCUGCUCCUCCUAUUCCUAUGCGGAGGACGGGAGCGGGGGCUCGCCCUGCAGCCUCCCUCUCUGUGAGUUCUCCUCCUCGCCCUGUUCCCAGGGAGCCAGAUUCCUUGCCACAGAACAUCAGGAACCAGGCCUGAUGGGAGAUGGAAUGUACAACCAAGUGCGGCCCCAGAUUAAAUGUGAGCAGUCUUAUGGAACCAACUCCAGUGACGAAUCCGGAUCGUUCUCGGAAGCAGACAGUGAGUCGUGUCCUGUGCAGGACAGGGGCCAGGAGGUAAAACUUCCUUUUCCUGUAGAUCAAAUCACAGAUCUUCCAAGGAAUGAUUUCCAGAUGAUGAUUAAGAUGCACAAGCUAACCUCAGAACAGUUAGAGUUCAUUCAUGAUGUCCGACGGCGCAGCAAGAACCGCAUCGCGGCCCAGCGCUGCCGCAAGAGGAAACUGGACUGUAUUCAGAAUUUAGAAUGUGAAAUCCGCAAAUUGGUGUGUGAGAAAGAGAAGCUGUUAUCAGAGAGGAAUCAACUGAAAGCAUGCAUGGGGGAACUGUUGGACAACUUCUCCUGCCUUUCCCAGGAAGUCUGCCGAGACAUCCAGAGUCCCGAGCAGAUCCAGGCCCUGCAUCGGUAUUGCCCUGUCCUCAGACCCAUGGACCUGCCCACAGCCUCCAGUAUGAACCCUGCGCCCUUGGGUGUUGAGCAGAACAUUGCAGCCUCCCAAUGCGCAGUGGGGGAAAAUGUGCCCUGCUGCUUGGAGCCAGGCACAGCUCCCCCCGGACCCCCCUGGGCACCCAGCAACACCUCCGAGAAUUGUACCUCUGGGAGGAGGCUAGAAGGCACUGACCCCGGAACCUUCUCAGAGAGAGGAGGACCUCCUCUUGAACCCAGGAGCCAAACAGUGACCGUGGACUUCUGCCAGGAAAUGACUGAUAAGUGUACAACUGACGAACAGCCCAGGAAAGAUUACACCUAG